AUGUGGAGGUGGUGUGGUAUGUUACUAUGCGGUGCGGGUCUAGCUCUGGCUACUUCGCAGAGCAGUGAGUCUCAAUACAGCGAAAGGUCAAAUACAGCACGCUUACACACCAGCUACCCAGCCGCCUCUUCGGUACCCACGGCAGAUGCUUCUCCCACGCCCGACGCAAGCGGGUUCCUCGACAUGUGCGGAGUUCAACCUACUGCCUCAGUAUCAUGCGGUACCCACGACUCGGUGGAGCAUAUGAAAGACAUCGAAGUCAGAAUCAUCUACUGGCUGACCACUCGGGUACCCUUCUACAUACAGACCGUCCAGUAUGACGUGGUCGGCCACGGCUCAACCCUCACCACCACCGCCACCCAAACCAUCACCAACAACGCAACAGGCGUAGACAUGCUGAGCUACACCAGCCUGAUCCCGACCGCCCAAGUACAACCAUCUGGACCCUACGACAUCUACGAAGUCGACCCCAUCUAUGACACCACCGAGGAAAUCGGCACCGCCACCUUAACCUACCCCACCCCCUACGCCCUCAUCCUCAACCGCAUCCACGUCCACCAAAUGGGCAGCUGCGCCAACGGCAGCACCUUCACCACCUCCGCCUGGUUCGCACAGCCCGCCCCGAUCCCGCUCCCCACCACGCUCCCCUACCUCUCCAUGGGCGCCUCCGUCAACUUCACCAACAUCCCCGGCUUCGACGACGCCUUCCACGCCCUACACCCAGCCCUCGCCUACUGCACCUUCACCGCCUUCACCGGGCAGCCGAGCCCCAAAGUCGUCGUCGACGCCACGACCGCAUUCCGCACCGUCUCGGCCGCAAACGACCUCCAGAAACCGACGCCGACGACGUCCCCAGCCAGCAACGCCGCUGCCCUCAGCUCCGCCGCCCUCCAGCUCGGCUCCCUCGCUUCCUACAUCCUCUGCGGCCUCGGCUCGUCCUGCUCCCACACUGCCACCUCAUCCUCCACCCUUUCCACACACCCCCCAGUCUCGUACGUCAUCCCCCCCGGCACCGGCGCCACUGUCGCGACGCUCGGCGCCAGCGUCGUCCCGCUGUACACUGCCGCUGCUGGUGUCGUCGUGCCCGUGUGGACGACGCUGCAGCCGGGGGCGCCGGCGGCGACGGUGGGGGGCGCGGUGAUGAGCGUGGGGACGGAUGGGGCGGUGGUGGUGGAUGGGGGGACGGUGGGGAGGGGGGUGAGCGAGACGGGUGGGGCGGCGAGGUCGGAGGGGGUGGGGAGAGCGUCGGCGGGAAGGGGUGCCGGGUGGUGGGGUGGUGGUUGGUUGGGGACGGUGGUGGUGGUGAUGGAGGCGGUGGGAGGGUUGUAG